AUGAGUUUUCAUAAACUUAUGUUUUGGACAUUUACAACAAUUAUUAUAUACUUAGCAUAUAACAAUGAUGAAGGAUUGGAAGUAAAUUCAAAAAGAGGUGUAUUGGCAGCCAUGCUAUUUAUUGCUAUGAUAGGUUCAUUGAAACCAAGUGAUCCUUUUGGUGAGAAAUAUGGAGCCAUAUUUAGAAUAUAAUUAUGGUUAUCAGUUACUUUCAUAGCAAUAUUGGUUUUUUUAGGAUUUCAAAAUGAGAAGGAUGGUAGAUAUGUACAUCACUCAAAUAACUUUAGCUUAUGAGUUUAGGUGAUCAUAGAUUAGGUAAGCCUGUGACGAAAGACAUGCACACUUAUGAUGACAAUUGUGAAUUUGAAUGGAUUAACAUAGUAGAUAAUCUAGAUCACUAUUAUUGGGGUCAUGUAAUCAAUUGGCUAUUGGCUACAUUUCUUGUUAGAGAUUUUUGGUUUCUCAAUUUUUGGUCUGUCUUAGAUGAAAUUAUUGAAUUAUCUUGGUAACAUAAACUUCCACAUUUUAGAGAAUGUUGGUGGGAUCAUGUGUUAUUAGAUGUUUUAUUAAGUAAUACUGUUGCCAUUAUUGUUGGUAUGUUUAUUAUCAAAAAAUUCAAAUUCCAAUAAUAUAGUUGGUUUGCUAAAGACACGUUUACAAAUCCAAAGAAAUUUGAAGCUGUUCUUAUUGUUAUAAUCGUAAUCAUAGGUAACUUUUUAAACAAUUUCUUCCUAAUGAAUCAAUUAUGGGUACCUCCUAAAUGUUGGAUGGUUGUAUAUAGACUUUUAAUUUGGUUUAUGUUAGGUCAUUCAGCUUUUAGAGAACUUCAUAAUUCAAUAACUGAUUCAUAACAAUCAUAUUAAUUAAGAUAUCUAACCUAUUUUACAAUUGUUAUUGAAACUUUGAUAUCCAUUAAAUUCUUACCUGAUUGUGGAAAUCUAUAAAAUGAAAAUACUCCAAUCUAUAUUUGGUUACCUUGGUUCAUUGUUGCCUUAUUAUCUUUCCUUUGGUGGAUCAAAUUAUAAUUAGCAGAACCUAAAAAAUCAUUAAAACCACCUCAUCAAGAAAAGAACAGAAAAGAAAAAAAGAAAGAUUGA